CCAGACCCCAGAUCGACGCACCCAUCGACCGCACCCAUUGCCAGCAAUGCUGAUUCUGAAUCCGUCGUGGGUCGGCCAUCAAGAGGCGAGCGAGAGUGCCUAUGACCGGAAUCCGCUCCGGCGGCUGCCUAUCUACUCGAUCCACGCCCAUCCUCGUUUGCCAAAGUUCGCCACAGGAUCCCAGGAUGCCAAAGUCAAGAUCUGGGAUCUUGCUCCCGUCCUGGAUGCCAACAACGAACGCAAUCAGCGCGCCCGACUUCCACUGUCGACGCUCUGCUGCCACAGCGGCCCGGUAAUGUGCGUUCGGUGGUCCAACAACGAUGGAAAAUAUCUCGCCUCUGGCUCGGACGAUAGAAGCAUUGUCAUUUGGGCCUACAGUGGCCAGUCGAGCCAUGCUCCAGGAGCAUUAACGUCGAACCUCGGCGAAGCGGCGAGCUCAGAGAUCUGGAAGCCAUAUCGUGUUCUUCGACAAGGCAUAUCCAGCGAUGUCAUCGAUCUUGGCUGGUCGCCAGACAAUCGAUAUCUUGCAUCGUGUGGACUCGAGGGCGCUGUCCAUAUUUGGAGCACCGACACAUUUGGCUACCUCAAGAGAGUUGAAGCCCACAACGGUUUUGUGAAGGGGCUAACUUGGGACCCUGUUGGCAACUAUCUGGCCACCCAGUCCGACGACAAAACCCUCAAGAUAUGGAAAACCUCGGAUUGGACUUUGGAAAAGGAGAUAUCCGAGCCUUAUCGGCAGGCUGCAGCAAAUACAUUUUACCGGCGUCUCAGCUGGUCCCCAGACGGUGCUUUCAUCAUCACCGCCGGCGGGGAGAGCGGAGGCGUUCCGGUUGCCCCAGUCAUUCUGCGGGAAGAUUGGAGGAACUCGGACAUCAAACUGAUCGGUCAUGGUGCCCCUAUCGAAGUUGCAGCAUUCAAUCCCUUGGUCUUUGAGUCCGUCGCCGAGUCCAGCAACCAAGGGGAUAAACCCGAGCAAAAGUUCCCGUGCAUUUGCGCCCUUGGCAGCCAAGACAGCGGCAUCUCAAUCUGGUGGUCCCUGCACGGCAGCGCCAUCUCUGUCUUUCAAAAUGUGUUCCAGCACAGCGUUAUAGACCUCACUUGGAGCUACGAUGGAUACACGCUGCUCGCAUCGUCCUACGAUGGGACCGUUGCCGCUCUGACCUUUUCCAAAGAGGAGCUGGGCCGAUCGCUCUCGGUCGAGGAGAAGUCCGAGUUGCUCUCCAAGUAUGGGUUUGGUCAAAGAAGCGGCGUUAUUGUCGAGUCUGAGAUGCAACUGGAGAGAGAGGAGGCAGCCUCCUCCCUUUCACGACCCGUUUCAGACACUGUGCCAGAACAAGUCAUCCCUGCUCUGGCGAUAGCACCUCAAGUGCCUGUCGGACAGCAAAAUGCGAGGGUUGUCGAAGCGCCCACUCCGAUUUCAGGAGCCGACACAACCAGCAUUUCAACCAUACUCUCUCAACAAACGGUCACCACAGUUCGUGGGAAGCGUCGCAUCACGCCGGUAUCUCUCUCGAGUCACGCUCCAAUCAGCACCGAGAUUUCGAACGCUGGAACACCUGCUGUAGCAAAGCGCCGGUCGGCUGAGGACGGUGGAGGCGAAAAGCGAGUCGCUCUCGGCGGCGAGGAACCGAGCCUCCGAUGCACAUAUAUCCUACCAACCAUCUCUGUCCGUGAGCCACCAGCAAUCUUGGCGGUCCCUGCUCCCCGAGAGCGAUUGAAGGUUCUCGUCGACAUUAGCAAGCCUUCACAGACUUUGCCGGAUCGGAUCACGGUUCAGUGCAAGAAUGACGUUUCUGGAGCCUCUCUCUCGGUGGGCAAGAAUGACACGGUCUUAUGGAACGAUCAUGUACCCGCAAGCGUCCUGCAUAUCGUCGGCAGCUAUUGUCAUAUAGCAGCGGGCUGCAGCGACGGCAGCGUCGUUUGUUAUUCGCUCUCCGGACGAAGACUUUUGCCGCGACUCAUGCUCGGCUCGCCUUCCGUAUUUAUGAGUGCCAGCGGACCGUAUCUGAUGGUGCUGACAGCGGAAGGACAUGUCAGUGUGUGGAAUCUCUCGACUCUGGACUGCGUGGUGUCCAAAGAGUCCAUGAUUCACUUGAUAUCCAGCCGAGGCAGCGAAGUCGCGAGGGUAUCUGGCGGCUCGACCAGCGACAUAUCGCGUGUUGCCGUCAUGAACAACGGAAACCCCAAAAUCGUGCUCUCGAACGGGCUGCAGUAUGUGUUUUGUUCAAGGAUGCGAGUGUGGAUGCAUGUUCGUCUUCCAAAGGAAGGGCACGAAUCAGCUAGCCGCAAGAAGCUGUCAGAAAUCGAGGAAUACCUCUCGACGCUUGAGAUGCUCGGGCGGGAUCGCGAUUACGAUACCUGGAUCAAGGCUUACGCCCAUGCAAUUGUGGAUGAAAGCGUGGCGAUCAAAGCUGCGGAACUGUGUCGCCGCCUGAUUCAUGAAACACAUUCACCCAGCCCUCAUCCGCCAGGAGUCCAAACAGCCGGAUAUCACGGAGACCAGCGGGCCGAGGAGCGCAAGGCGCUGCUGCGAGAAGUCCUCCUGAUCCUGGGCCAAAACCGCAAGUUCCAGCAAGUCCUGGACGAGUUUUCAUCCCGCGUCUAGGAUGAUCCCUGGUCUCGAGCGGUCGGUGGCAUGGUCCACUAAAUGAGAACAUGUUCGAGCCUGGGAUCUGUUCCGUUGGUGCCAAGAUACGGCGUCCGCAAAAUGAAACGAGGCCCCUCCGCAUGUGUCAUUUAUAAAAACCACCCAUGCCGUGGAGGCAAGGCUGAGACACUCGCCAAACAACUCGUUCAUCCUGGCCACGUUGAUGUUGAUAAUCCACACCAUGUAUUGAACUGCCCGAGGACCGAAUACACGCACUACAGUCAGCCCAGAAAGAAACGGGACAGUCACUUUCUGC